GUUAAACACUUGGUUUGAGCUAUAGCCAAACUCCCAUUUCCCUUUUCCCCCCUCCUUUUCAUCCUCUUGACUCCUCCAUUUCUAGAGAGAGAAGGAAAGAGGGGGGAAAGAAGAAGAAGCAACGGAUAAAACAGAGGAAGAAGAAAAAAGGAAUCCAAAUGCCUAUCUGCACAGUUUCAAACAGAAAUUCAUGGUUGAGAAAAUAAUCUCUUUUUUCCCGGGAACCCAAAAAACUUCUUCGAUCAAUAUCUGGUUCCCUAAUCAAUCCCUUCAUUUCCCUUCUCCCUCCCAUCCCUCUGCUUCAAAUGCCUGAUCUCUUCCCGUCCGGUUCAAAUUCAAUCCCUUCCUCUAUCCCCACCGCCGCCGGCGCCGCCAAUUUUGGCGGGUAAUAUCUAUAGAUUAUAUUUCAGUUCAAUCAGGGAAUUGGAGAAGAAAAAAGGGGAUCAAAUGAUUUCAAAUCCAGAUCUGAUCUUCUACGCUUGCAUUGCCAAAGGAUCCACAAUCCUCGCCGAGUUCGCCUCCCCGGCGGCGGAGCCGGGGAUCGAGGAGAUCGCCCACAAAUGCAUCGGGAUCGCGCCGCCGCCGCACCACACGACCUUCUCCCAAACCGCCAAGAAGAAGACCUACACGUUCCUGAUCGACGACCCUUUCGUCUACUUCGCCGUCUACCACCACGAUCUCGCGAAGCUGGAGUCCUCCUGGUUCAUCGACCGGGUUAAAAUCUCGUUCUUGGAGCUCAUCGCGUCGAAUUCCGUCAGGGAUUUGGACAGUCUCGCCUCCCUCUGCUUCCAGGCGGAGUUCUCCCCGCAGUUUCGGGAAAUCCUGGCUCUGGAUUUGGACCUGGGGAUGGAUUCCCUGACGGAGACCACGUCGAAAGACAGCCGGAACCCUAGCAUGGACUCGACGAAGGAGAAGACGGUGCCGUUGCUGAAGAAGAAGAAGAAAAGGUCGUCUGGGGUUUGCUCAAUUGGAGGGAUGGAGGAUAAGAGCAGCGGCGGCGGCGGCCAUCGCAGGGGGAAAGACGGGAGCAGCUUGAGCUGCGGAGGGAUGAGCGAUCAUGGCGGCAAGAUGAUGAUGAAUGGUGGUGGCGGCGUGUUGGUGGGUGAGAAUGGGAGUGUUGAUGGUGGUGGGCGGCACCAUGCUAGAGAGUUCUCGGUGGCUAUGUCGCCGAAAAGCAGCGGGCUUUACAUGCUGGAGAGCAGGCAGAAGGCGAAGCAGAUAUGGAGGAAGCAUGUGUGGGUGGUUUUGACAUUGGAUUUGGUUAUCUGUGCUGUUCUGUUCUUCGUCUGGUUGUGGGUUUGCAGAGGCUUCACCUGUAUUGAUGGAUAGAUGAUCAAAGAUUGAAUCAAAAUGAAGAAGAAGAAGAAGAAGAAGAAAGGAGGAAGGAUCCUGAUUCAAUGUUUUUAUCAUUUUCUGUACACAUGAGCUUUGUAUACAUUGGAAGAAGAGAUGCAUAUACAUGAAAACUGGGACUGUUUGAUCUCCCAGAAGGAAGAACAAAAGAAGCUGGUUUUUUUCAGUUUCAUGGAGGGGAUUUUUCUCCCUCUUUAGGGGGUUGCUGCAAAUGCAUAGUUUUUUUCUCCAUUAAUGGAUUCCUUCAUUCAUCCUUCUGAACUAUUCUUCUUCUGUGGAAUUUAGUGUAUAUGCUUUUUUCCUUCUGAAUCGGUGAAGGAACUAUUAACAUUUUGUGUAUAGCAGGUGUGACAGAAAUGUUGAAGGGUGUUUUCUCCUCUGUCAGUUGAUUGCAAAUGUAGCGUAUGUUCAGUUCUUUCAUUGACAAACUUGUAGAACUAGACAGCUAGGGUUUAUAGGUAAAUGCAUACUGGUCUUUGAAACUCUGCAUUAAAGAACAGAGAUGCAG